UUGUUCUGGUGAUAACGGCGACAAUUCACGAUAACCGGACGUACGUGAUAGCAACCGCACAUGAUUUCUAUACUAUUAUUAUCAUUAUCAAUUUUAAAUUUAAAACAUUGUUAAAUAAUAUAUUAUUAUAUGGUCACGACAUUACAUCGCUGUGCAUAGCCGCGCAACAAACAAUUACUGCGACGACAGACCGUUCGGCGGCCGUAGCGGUGUAACACUAUUGGCCGUAUGACAAUCGGUAGUCAGUACUUCACAGGUUGUACGUCCUUACCAGGGUCCGGUUAUCGAACGUUUUAUUUGACGAGUUACGUUAUUUUGUUUUCAUGAACUCCGCCGAACCCGUUAGAAAUGUCAACUUCGACUUUCAGCAAAUCCGAUGAGUAUGGAUUCGAGCGUCCCGACGAUUUCGAUUACGUCGAGUAUGAAAAAUUCAUGUCUGUUUACCUUACAGUGCUUACAAAAUGUUCUAUGCGGUGGUCACGUCUUUUGGUGACCAAUCCGCAGCUGAAGAGGAACGCUCAACUAAAAAAAAUUGUACGCAAAGGAAUACCGUUAACUCUUAGGGCACAGGCUUGGACUUCUAUCAGUGGUGUGCAGAAGUUAAAGGACAAGUAUGGGCCAAAUUUGUAUAAACGCAUGCUAAACAAACCAAUUAAUGAGGAUAUCAGGAAUAUAAUCACAGUCGAUGUUCCACGAACAUAUCCAGACAACAUUUAUUUUCAUCCAAAUUCUGAAAAUCAAAAGACUUUGUUUAGGAUAUUAUGUGCAUUUGCAGCAUGCAAUCCAGAUGUAGGGUAUUGUCAGGGUUUAAAUUACAUAGCUGGUUUAUUGCUAUUAGUUACUAAAAAUGAAGAAACUUGUUUUUGGUUACUGAGAGUAUUAGUGGAGAAUAAACUACCAGACUAUUAUUCUAAGACAAUGGAUGGUGUCAUUGUUGAUAUUGAAGUUUUUUCACGCUUAGUAAAAAAAAAAUUUCCUGAAGUGUCUCAACAUAUGAAUGAUUUAGAAAUGCCAUGGGCACUAAUCGCUACUAAAUGGUUUAUUUGUCUUUUUUCUGAGGUUUUACCAAUUGAGACAACUUUGAGAGUUUGGGAUUGUUUAUUUUAUGAAGGAUCUAAGGUUAUAUUUAGAGUUGGUUUGAUGUUGGUGAAAUAUUAUAAAAAAGAAUUAUUGGAAUGUGAAGACAUUAUAUCAUUGGCAGAAUGUUUUAAGUCAAUCAUUCAACGGCCAUUUCCUUUAAAUUGCCAUAUAUUCAUUAAACAAAUGUUUUCAGACAUUGGAUCUUUACCCAUGUCGAUGAUUAAUGAUCUACGUAGACAAGUAUCUGCUGAACGUAAUGCUGAUAAAUCUACUUAUAAAAAUAGAAAAGGCUGAAAUUGUAUAGCUACUAGCUAUUAAUUAUAAAAGUUUAUGAAAUGUUUGUACAGAUGAUAAAUUCUAGUCAUAUUGUAUUUUUAUGUUGUAACAUGUGGCCUAUAUUUAAUUUUUUAAAGUCAAAGUUUUCAAUAAACUAUUAUUCUAUUAAAAUUUAUCAUUUUUAAAGUAUUAUAAUAAAUUUUAAGUAGCUAUACUCUGUAUUUGUAUAUAUCAUAAA